AUGUCUGAUGGCCUCCGUGUACCCAGCGGUAAUGCGACGCGUUUCCACGCCAGCAGAUUGCUGAUCGAGGCAGGUGUUUCUGCGACAUGCAGGAUCGUGCACAAAUCUUUCACCGGAUUUCGAACCUUGCAGCUGAACAACCACCCUCGAGGCGACGAGUCUCGGCAGAAGAGGCGAGUAAAAACUCACCGGUCACGCCCUUACGCUACAGGAAACGCUCGUCACAAUCAGGGUCAUGCGCCCACCGCCACUGCUGAAGGCCCAAUCGAAAGAUGCGGUGCCCGUCAGCAUCCGCACUGGAAUCAAGUCCAGCCAGAUCAGGCACACCCAGACUACGACCCCGCAUGCGUUGCUUCCGACACAAUUGUAACCCAGAAAAGGCUCGAGCGAGAACCUAACAGCGUUUGGCACCCGGCAAACCUUGCAAGCAUGAUUUUGUCAUGGGGACGUGUGGUGGAACAAUAG